AUGAACAGGCUCAUUAUAUUUUCCUUUGUGAUCGCAACCGCGAUGUGUCAGCAGCAAGAGGGAGGAAGACGUGUCCCUAAAUACGCGGGAGAUCCGAGAACAGCAGCCAUCGUUCAGGAGGCACGCUACCUCAGCGGAAAUGGAGCUUUCGGUGCGGCUUACCAACAAGAAGAUGGAAUCAACUUCAAAGAAGAGACUGACGCUGAUGGAAAUAGAAAAGGCAGCUAUUCUUAUAUUGACCCCAGUGGCCAAAGGAAAACUGUGAACUACAUUGCUGGAAAGAACGGGUUCCAAGCUAUCGGUGACCACAUUCCUACAGCACCGCAGCAGGUUGCGCCCACUCCUGGAUACACUCCCGAUCCCCGAUACAACUCGCCUAACUACAAAUCGCAGCAAUACAGUGCUCCCCAACAGUACAACGCUCCUGCCCGUACAACACAACAACAAUAUAGCUACGGAGGCAAAGACCCUGAAGACGGACAAUACCACCCUGAGCUGUACGAGCGCGAGAACUAUGUGGCUCCCCAACAACAACAACAACAGUAUCAGGCUCAACCUCAAUAUCAACCUCAGCCACAGCCUCAGUACCAGCCUGAACCCCAGUACCAGUCCAACAACAUCUACCCUGGAACACAACAGGCACAGUACAGUGGCCUGCCUUCUUCGCAAACACAGUACUCACAACCGGCCGCUCGUCAACAGUACCUCGAACAGACAACACCACAGCCCACACAUUUCUUCCCUCCUGGCAAGUUCAGUUUGAAUAGAGCACCCGAUGGUUACACUUACUCCUUCCACAAAGUAUAA